GUUUGAUCAGGCAGGACUGUUUCGUUUAAAAUUUGUUUCAACUAACUCGAAUGCUUAUUAUUUCAAAUUUUGUGUUGAAGUGAAAGUGUAUGCUGAAGAUAAAAAUAUGGACGUUCCCAUUCUCUUCCUCUUAACGGGGCUAGUCGCUUUGCAGGCGCUCUCCGCAGAGUCCACGGGCUGCAGCACUCAAUCCGACCACUGCCUAUGCUUAUUUACCGGCACAGAAUACGAGUUCCAAUGCCCGCCCGUAAACAAGAAAAUCCUCAUACACUCGGAACCAAAUAAAACCCUGAACAUCGAUUGCGACGACGUAGACAGGUUCGACACGGCCCUCCUGCCCGUCUACAAGGGCGGCGACAACAUCUUUUUCAGGUACCGCUUUUGCCCGCUGCCCGACGGCAAUUUCCGCUCGAUCCUGGAUAAAUUAGACGUGCACAACCCCUUAGAAUUCCAGCUGGACGACGUUACUGUGCCCGAGUCGUCGGCGAAACGCAGCAUGUCAAAGGAAGUGUUCGAGGACAUGCCGUCCUUGCGGUAUCUGUCGAUGGCAAAUAUCGACUGCAAGAUCGACGACGACGUCCUGGAGCAUUUAACUAAUUUGACUACGUUCGAAUUGUCCAGCUACCACCACGAAAUCAUCAGCACUAUGAAGUUCCCCGAGUCUUUGGAAGUGCUGUAUUUAACCAGCAGCGGCAUCACCGAGGUGCCCAUAGGCGUGUUCGAAAACCUGACCAAUCUUCAACGGUUACACCUGUGGGGGAACAAGAUCGGUCGCGUCAGAAACGGCGCGUUCGCUGGCUUGAAAAAUCUGAUUUCCCUGGAGUUGAGCGUGAACAGCAUAACAGACAUUGAAGAGAAUAGUUUUGCUGAUCUGGUGAACCUAAAGUUUAUCAGUCUUAGGUUGAACAAACUAAUCCGCGUGCCUGCGGGCGUAUUCAAGCAUAACGAGCGUUUGGAAUCGAUCCGUAUGGAGGAGAAUCGCGGUUUAACGUUGCCCGAUUACAUUUACGCGAACAAACCCUACUUGCGUUACGUGAAAUUGAAGAAAUGCGAUUUGAAAACCCUCCCGGGGAAUAUAUUCAAGAAUUCCACCAAAAUAUCUACCAUCAUACUGUCAGUGAACUCACUGAAAACCUUACCCGAAAGCCUAUUCGACGGUUUGAGUGACCUAAAGCAAUUAGACUUGAGCUUGAACCAACUCACCGCCCUUCCCGACGAUAUAUUCUACAGCCUAACGUCUCUCGAAGAGCUCAUCCUGAGCUAUAACCACCUGACUGCAAUCACCAACGAUCUCUUCAGACGAACGGACCGGCUGAAGCGACUGUUGAUCAACAAAAACCGAAUCGCCUCGAUCGAAGUCAACAGCUUCGGCAGCCUGACGAGCCUGACGGAAAUCGAUCUGUCCUUCAACCAGUACCCGAUGAACGACAUGAUCGAAGAGAACCCGCUAAGCGGCUGCACAGACUUGGUUAGGAUGAAUCUGAGCCACAAUCUGAUCGAUCAUGUUCCCGAUUUCAACACGCUGCUCAAUUUGGAAACCGUGGAUUUCAGCUACAAUAAAAUUAGGGUGCUACCUGUUCUCCAGAUGAGUUCGAUACCGUCCAUACACUUGUCGGACUUCAAUUUGAGCGACAACUUGAUAACUUUCGUGGACUUUACGAUGGUAGAGGAAUGGUUGAUAUCCGAAGACACGCGCAAUAACGAUAACAAGGACCAAGUGGUACCGAAGCAAAUUCAAGUAAAUCUGAAGAACAACCCGCUGACGUGCGAUUGCCUCAACUACAACCUGACGCGCUACUGCCAGAGAACCAUGUACCCAAAGGUGAGAGAUCGGGUGGCCCUUCGGGUGGAAGGCAUCAAAUGCACAAAGCCGGACGUCUUCCGGCACGUCGACAUAUCGGCGUUGAAGUCUGAGCACGUGUUCUGCGAAAUGAAAAACAAGGCAUGUCCGAAGCAGUGCAAGUCGUAUUGGCGGCCGUUCCGGAACUUUACUGUAUUCGAUUGCUCGAACAGGAACCUGACGAGUUUUCCGCGUUUGCCGGAGAUCGCCGUCCAGAAUAUCGAGUUGAAUUUGAGCGGGAACGUCAUUCACGGAGGAUUGGAUUCGAGCUUCGGGUACCGGAACGUUAAGAAUUUGUAUCUGUCGAAUAACAAGUUAAGGGAGUUGAAAUGGAUACCUCUCGGUAUUGAGCGAUUAACAUUGGAUAGAAACGAAUUGACUCAUCUGGAUCCUGAGCUUCUGGAAAUAAUGGAUAAAACCUCACUGACUACAUUGAAAUUGUCGCAUAAUCCUUGGUCAUGCGGUUGUUCUGCUCUCAAUUUCCAAAUAUUUAUCCAGGAUAAUUACAAAAAGUUACAAAUCAACUCUACGGACGUAAUCUGCAGAGACGACAACAAACCGCUGGUGGAAAAACACGAGCUGUGCAAAUCAAUCAUCCUAGUCACAGUGUUGCCAGUGUUUACAUUCCUCGUGCUCACAGUAGGCAGCCUGAUCUUUUACAUCUACUACAGGCAAGAGGUGAAGAUCUGGCUGUUCUCCAAAAAUCUCUGCAUGUGGUUCGUCAGCGAGGAGGAGCUCGACGAGGACAAAUCCUACGACAUCUUCCUCAGCUACUCGCACAAGGACGAGGACUUCGUCGUUCACAACCUCCUGCCGGUGCUCGAGUCCGGGCCGCAUCCGUACAAGAUCUGCAUACACGUCAGGGAUUGGGAGCCCGGCAAGAUGAUCCUGACGAACGUCAACGAUUCGAUACAGAACUCCCGCAGGACGCUGGUGGUGUUGUCCAACAACUUCCUGGACAGCGUCUGGGGUAUAAUGGAGUUCAAGGCGGCGCACUUGAAGGCUCUGGAGGAGGGCAGACUGAGACUGAUCGUGGUGAAGUACGGGGAAUUGGACGAGAAGCGAAUGGAUCCGGACUUAAAGGCCUACUUGAAAACUAAUACUUACAUCGAAUGGGGACAGCCUUGGUUCUGGAACAAGCUCAAGUACGCGCUUCCGCAUUCGAAUAAAACUGGGUUCUACAAGACGAAUCAGAAGCACGCGAAUGUUAUGUUAAAAAUCGACGAUAAGUUUGAGUUGACAAAUCUCCCUGUGAAACAGCCGGAGAGUACUCCGCCUGUACCUCUGGAUCCCGCGUUGCUUAAGAAGCAACUCUUGAAUUUCGAUAACGAAAACGCGGGUUCUAAUCAACCGAUGGAAGUGCCGUUAGUUGUAAAUACAUAAUUUUCGUUUAUUGUUGAUGAGAAUCUAGUGCGGUGAAAAUUUUUAAUCGAUUGUGAAUCGCAAGAAAUAUCGAAUAAAAACAAGCUCUGUUCAAUGAUAUUUUUCAAUGGCGAAACGAAAAUAUUUGGCGUUAUUAUUAGGAGAAUUAUUGAGGAAUAUGUAAUGACUUUGUUAACAUAUUUUUAAUGGAUGUUUUGAAAUUAAAAAUUUGUUAGUCCGUUUUUACCUAAUAGUUAGGUAAUAGUGAACUGUUUGUUGUUAGAUAUUGAUAAGAUAUUAAAUUAAGGAUCGGCCUUUUUGUGCUCUUUGAAACGUUUUGUAAAUUACUUAAUCUCUCUAAAUAUAGUCUUUAAAAAGUAAGAUUGAACUGAUUAAACAAGGUUCUUGAAAAGGUCUGUCCUAAAUAUGUACAAAUUGUAAUUAAAUAUUGUAAUAAGUAUAUUUAUAAGUGUCAUGAAUUGUGAUAUUGUUUACACUUAAACGGUUAUAUUUUUUACAAAAAUUUUAAUUUUUAAUGUUAAUUCAUUGAUAAUUUUUCUUUUUGUUUUUUUUUUGAAUAUUUUUGAUUUUAAACAUUUCAUAGGCUUAUUUAGUUUAUAAAUUGACUAGUUAUAUAUACGAAUUUUUUAUAUAAUGUUUAUACAAUACUAAUUGUAAGCGUAAUUUUCAUACACUUUAUUGAUCAAUAAAAUGUGCAAUUUG